UGAAUAAUCUGUAAAAUCUGAAGUUAAACGUGUUUUCUCUCUGGAUUGUCUCCAUAUGUAAAGCAUGGGCACCUCUGAGCCCAGGUUCUGUCUGUUGAGGUUCUGGAGCAGCUUUCAAACAGCAACUACAGAAAGUUGUUUUUCAAAAUGUCACUGAAUUAAUUUAAAAUCUGCCUUGAAGUGUUUGUGAGUAACAGCUGAGGAGUUUCCCAGAUUCACAGAAAUGCGAAGGAAAGCUGCAGCUACCAGAAUGGCACAGAGGAGACCAGCUCCAAUCACCGACCAGUUCAGAGAAAACGCAGCUCUGAAGCCGGUAAAACCCCCAGAAACACCUGUUCAGCCUCAGACAGGUAGAGGCCUCGGGAAGGCUGGAGCCAAGCGACUGGGCCGGCUGCUCAAACGGGCCAUCAGGGGUCCGGAGGAGGCGACCGGGAAGAAGAGAGUCGCUCUGCCAAAGACUCCUGUUCGCCUCCUGAAGCAUCAGAUCCAGACGGAGGCCGAGGCCCAGACGUCCUCGUCGUCUCUCCACGUCUCCCAGCUCAUCCUCAACGUGGUGUCUCAGUGCAAACACCAGGGAGGGAUCUCGAUGGCCGAGCUGAAGCAGACGCUGGCCGCUGGAGGCUACGACGUCUCCAAGAACGGCAGGAGGCUGAACGUGGAGACCAAGAGGCUGGUGAACAACGAGACGCUUGUCCGGACCACGAGAAACACCACAUUCAGACUCAACAACAAGACGCUGACAGACACGAUGCGAAUCAGGACGAUCCCCGCCAAGCCACGAGCGGCGAAAGAAAAGCCGAAGCAGCCCCCGGCAGUUCGAAGAUCCCCGAGGGGAGCCGCGAAGACCAAAACUAAAGAGCAAGCAGCCGCCAUGUCACGCAAACCAGCCGCAAAGUCACAAAGAAAACCGCCAACGCCUGCUGGGAAGAAACGCAGACCUGCAACCAACACAAGAGGACGAGUUCAGAAGGUGGCGAAGAAGACCGGAAGAACCAGGACGCAAGAACAGGUCCAACGACGGAGAAGACAACCAGCAAGACGCUGAGACGCCGACAGAAGGGCUCGGCGCUGAUGUCGAACAGCAAUAAACCUUCAGAGCAAACCUCAAACUGGAUGGAUGGAGUUUGUACAGAACAAAAAUCACUCAUUGUUUAGUCAAAUAUUUUUAUGUAACUCACACAAUAACCCAAAACUCAGAACUUGAUAAUGGUAUAAAAAAAAAAAAAAA